AUGCCGAGCGGGGCCGCCCUCACCUGCCUGCAGCUCCUGCUGCUCCUCUCGGCCGUGGAUUCCCGGCCCCACACGAGGCACCAGGACAGGUUCCAGCUGGAAGCCGUCAAAAAGGAGAUCCUGGAGCGGCUGGGAAUGUCGGCUCCCCCCGUCCCCCGCCGCCCGCUGGACCAGGAGAGCAUCCAGAGAGCGCAGCGGCUCUACCAGCUGAAAGUGGCGGAGCUGGCGGGGAACCGGAGCCGGGAGGGGGAGGAAGAGGAGGAAGCCGUGUCCGGGACCCGGCGGCUCCACCGCCUGACCCCCACCUGUAAGUGUCCGUGGCUCCGUGCCACCCCCCGAGCCUCAUCCCCCCGGGACACCCGACGAGCAGAGCAAAGGAUUUCCAGCAUCCCUCAGGCCGUGGGUGAUUCCCCGGGAGCGGGGGCUUGGCAGGAGCUGAUCCCGAGCCCGGGCUGGCGGGGAAUUGCUCUCACACGAGCUGUCCCCUCUGUCCCCGCAGUGUUGCGCUGGCUGGACACCCCCGAGGGACAUCAGGACCCUGAAGGACACCGGGACUCGCCGGGACACCGGGAGCCCCGCGGUCCCCACCGGUACCACCUCCUGCUGUCCCGCACCGCGGAUUUCCACCGGCAGCUCCGGGUGCUGCAGGCGGAGCUGAAACUCUUCAAGCAGCCGCUGUCCCCUCCCGGCGCCUCGGUGCCACCUCGGGUCACCAUCUACACCCUGCGGGGGGCUGAGGGGACCCCCCAGCUCCUGCUGAGCCGAGAGCUGGACCGGGAUUCCCGGAGCCUGGAGCUGACAGGGGCCAUCCAGCCCUGGCUGGCCGGGCCCGAGGCCACGCUGCGCCUGCGGUUGGAUUUCAGCGCAGACGUCUCGGCCGCCCUGGACACCUCCGGGGGGGAAACGCUGGUGCUGGAGGUGGAAACCCAGGAGAAACCGGCUCGGGCGGCCAGGAGAGCUCGGGGGCUGGAGGAGGAGUGCGGGAAGAGCGAUGGGAGGUGCUGCCUGAAGUCGCUGAAGGUCUCCUUCCAGGACAUCGGCUGGUCGGACUGGGUCAUCGCCCCCAGCAGCUACCACAUGAGGUUCUGCGAGGGUUCCUGCCCGCACAACUACAAACCGGCCAGCAUGCACGCCCAGAUCAAAUCCCGAGUGCAUUCCCUGUCCAAGGCCACCCCCCCGCCCUGCUGCGUCCCCGCCGGCUACGACCCCAUGGUGCUGAUGCACCUGGACAGCGAGGGCAGGCUGGUGUCCAGCCUCUUCGAGGACAUGCUGGUCACCAGGUGCCACUGCGCCUGACGGCAGCGCUGACAGCCCCAGCCGGGAUGGGGCAAAGCCAUCCCGGCUCCCGGCAGCUCCAGCACCCCAAAAUCCAGAUCCUGCGGCACCAAGUGACUCCUGUGACAGUCCUGGGGACUCCAGCACCCCAAAAUCCAGAUCCUGCAGCACCAAGUGACUCCACACCAGCCCUGGAUCCACCACUGAGCUCAGCCCUGGGGUCUCCAGCACCCCAAAAUCCAGACCCUGCA